ACCAGCCCCACCUAGAGGAAUUCUGGGUAGACAUGGCAGCUUCCGCUGUUUGUGUUCACUGAGUUUCCGCACAGAGCAGUCACUAAAUUAACAAAGUUACGUUAACUUGACAACUUUAUCAGUGCCGCGGUUCGGUCCGGUUCGGGAUGGAGGAGAGCGGCAGUGUGGACAGUGUGGAGUCGCUGUGCAGCUCCAGCACGACGCGCUCAGACCGCUCAAGUGGCACCAAAGUUUCAGACACAGAGCUGCGGAGUAAAGGAAGAGCAAUCGAAAAGGUCUACAAAGACCCCAGUAAAGGUGAACUUCCUCUUCUGCCAGAGGAACUGGUUCAGGAUUCCGCUAAAGAUGUGACUUACAUUUGUCCAUUCAUUGGGCCUGUUAGAGGAUCUCUGACCGUCACUAACUACAGACUUUUCUUCAGGUGCACUGACAGGGAGCCGGUGUUUGGGCUAGAUCUACCACUGGGAGUUUUGAGCAGAGUAGAGAAGAUCGGAACAGCAACUAGCAGAGGAGACAUCUCAUACGGCCUUGUCUGCAAGGAUAUGAGGAAUCUGCGUUUUGUGCACAAGGAGCCUGAGGACUCACUAAAGAAAUCAGUGUUCGAGGUUCUGAUGAAGUUUGCUUUUUCGUUGUCAAACAACAUGUCCCUCUUUGCAUUUGAGUAUAAGCAGGUGUUUCCUGAGAAUGGAUGGAGGGUGUAUGAUCCACUGACUGAAUACAAGAGACAGGGUCUUCCAAACGAGAGCUGGAGAAUCUCCAAAGUAAAUGAUCACUACGAGCUGUGUGAUUCAUACCCAGCAGCGCUAGUUGUGCCAGUAACCAUUACUGAUGAGGAAGUGCGACGCGUCUCCAGCUUUAGGGCUAAAGGACGUGUUCCGGUGCUGUCAUGGAUCCACCCAGAGAGUCAAGCCGCAGUGGUUCGUGCCAGUCAACCGAUGGUGGGCCAGAACGGUCGCCGCUGCAAAGAAGACGAGAAGCUCCUUCAGGCCAUUAUGGAUGCAAACGCACAAUCGCACAAACUGUUCAUAUUCGAUGCUAGACCAAGUGUGAAUGCAGCAGCUAACAAGAUGAAAGGAGGUGGGUAUGAGAGUGAAGAUGCGUAUCAGAAUGCCGAAUUGGUGUUUUUGGAUAUUCACAACAUUCAUGUAAUGCGUGAGUCACUACGGAAGCUGAAGGAAGUUGUCUAUCCCAACAUUGAGGAGUCUCAUUGGCUUUCCAAUCUUGAGUCCACCCACUGGCUGGAGCAUAUUAAGUUGAUUCUGGCAGGAGCUUUAAGGAUAGCCGAUAAGGUAGAGUCUGGGAAAACCUCAGUGGUGGUUCACUGCAGUGACGGCUGGGACAGAACUCCUCAGCUGACCUCACUGGCCCUGAUAAUGCUGGACUCUCACUACAGAACCAUACGAGGCUUUCAGAUACUGCUGGAGAAAGAGUGGCUCAGCUUCGGUCACCGCUUCCAACAGAGAUUGGGUCAUGGUGAUAAGAAUCACACAGAUGCAGAUCGCUCGCCGAUCUUCCUGCAGUUCAUUGACUGUGUUUGGCAGAUGACAAGACAGUUUCCUGCAGCUUUCGAGUUCAAUGAGUAUUUCCUCAUAACAAUCCUGGAUCACCUCUACAGCUGCCUUUUUGGUACCUUUCUGUGUAACAGUGAGCAACAAAGACUCAAAGAAGAAGUCCCAAAGCGUACUGUCUCUCUAUGGUCAUUUGUGAACAGUCAGCUAGAGGAGUUUGUCAAUCCACUGUACGUACAUUAUCCCUCCCAUGUGCUCUUCCCCACCGUUGGUAUACGACACCUCCAGCUCUGGGUCACCUACUACAUACGUUGGAAUCCUCGCAUGCGACCACAGGAGCCUGUCCACCAGCGCUACAAAGAGCUGCUAGCUAAACGGGCAGAGCUUCAGAAGAGGGUGGAAGAGCUGCAACGCGAGGCGGCCAAUCGUACGGCCUCGUCAUCCUCCGAGAGGGCAGGGUCUCCGACACGCUCCAUCACACCUGUGCAAACCUUCGUAUAAGAGCUUGACAAUUUUAAGGAAUGUAGAUGCCCACACACCGUGUGAGCGUGUCACACGGUUCUCAUGUUACUUGCAGUGAUGCACAACUGAUGUAAAUUCACACACUAAUAUUCACCUCGCUGCUAUCAGCUGGCUGGAUGGAUAGAAGAAGCUUUUAAUCACUAAAACUCUUUGAUACUAGUAUUAUAUUAAUACAUCUAUUAAGACUAUUAAAGCAUUAAUACAUAUUAGAAACACUUUAGGGCUUGUACUGUAUGAGCUGUAUGUAGUAGAACUCUGCGACUGAGCAUCACAUGACCAAAGUAUUGUGAUGUCACUGGGAUUCUGCCUGCAUCAUCUUGAUGCGGAGGGAGGUUGAGGCCAGUUUUUCCAGCCUCAGGGUUUUGCGUACAGACUUCUGUCUUUACUUGAAAUUCUGAACUUUCUUGGGCUUGUUUGAAAGGACACUAUGUAAUCAUGUUAUAGAAUGUGCUCUAUAAUCUUAACUUUUGCUUAUACAUUAACAUUAUUGACAAAUAAAAUAUGUUGACACUAAUUCAACUGGGAGUCGUCCACAACAAUAAAACAUAUGCAGUCUCUGGA